AUGAAAAUUUGCCUUUUAUUAGCUUUAACAAGUUUAACGGCUCCAUUGGUUGGAGCAGUGACCAUUUCAAAAGAUACAGAGCUUCCAAGUUCAGGAAGUUAUUCAGAUUCCUAUAAUAUCAAUGAAGAUGCAACAUUGGCAAUAGCAGAUGGCACAACUGUUACUGGUGGAACUAGUGCAAGUUUAAGCAGUAAUUUAGAUGUUGACGGUAACUUAUGUAUUGGUGCAGAAAGUGUUACGGUCACUUCAUCAACUAUAACAAAUAAUGGUAAUCUUGUCAUUUACAACGGUGAUUCAAUGACUGACGGUGGUACCAAUUUUGCUGUCCAGAGUUUAACAAAUAAUGGUUAUUUAGCUAUUCAAAAUGGUUUACUAAGUGUGGGUGGAACUACAACUGCAGAAAAGUUUUCCUUCUCUAAUUCAUUCCUAAAUACAGGUAUUAUGAAGUUCACGUCAUACCUUGUUGAUACUUCAUUGUCAGCUGGCAGUGGAUUAGUAAAUGAGGGUACCAUCAUGUUUGAUGGUGGUAAUGUCACGUUUAAUUCGCCUAUGACAGGAGGGGGGUGUCUGGCCUUUUCAGGAAUAUCGCUUUUUUGGGUUGAUCUGAGCUCCCAAACUUUGGAUCAGACAUUAUACAUUACUCCUAGCGCCCAACAAGUUAUCAUUUUUGUAGGGGGUACAAAAAUGAUAACAGUAAGGGGUCUUACUAUGGGUAAUGCUAUAUAUUUUCUUGAUCCUGGCCAAGCUUCUGUUAGCUUGUCAUAUAAUACAACUACAGGAAUUGCAACAGUCAACUCGACUUAUUCUACCGGUACAAGCGUUAUAAGAAAGGCAGAUAUAGGUUUGGGUUUCGAUGAAAGUUUAUUUUCUGUACAAAGUCAGCUUUCGACUCCUGGUGGAUGGGCAACUCAGCUGUUUUAUACCGGCACAUCACCAACUGAUGCGCCCUCAAAUUGUGAUAUAACUACAGGGUUGGCCUUCGAUACUUGCAUAAAUGACCUAAAGUUCCCAUCUUCUAGCUCAAUUAUGCCUUCUUCUUCUUCGUCUUCUGUCGUUCCCCCUCAUCCUCAACAUCAUCACGUUUAUCCUCAUCGUUUUUACAUCCUUCUGCUACUAAGGAAACAACCGAAAGCAAUAGUAAUUGUGUUGUAA